UCAGUCACCUAGUACUUAUUGAGUGCUUACCUAAGGAGCGAGGCAUCGCUCCAGGCAUGAGGCUUAUAUCGGUGAACGAGGCAGCAAAAAUCCUCAACCCCAUGGAGUUUACCUUCUGGCAGAAGGAAGCGAAAAUAAACCUUAUAAAUAAGUACAUCACAUAGCGUGAUAGAAGAUGGUGUGACAGCGAACAAUAGAGCAGGAUGCAAGGUCCAUUGCUGAUGGAGGAGAGGGAUUUGCAGUUGUAGAGGGAGUACUCUGAGAAGGUCUCGCUGAGAAGUGUUUGUGGAAAGACUGGAAGGGGAAGCGAGGCUUGUCUCCUCGGCUCCCCGGUGCCAUGAGGAAGCCCCGCCGGAAGUUGCGGCAGAAUGCCGAGGGCCCGCGUCCCCCGUCUCCCUACAGUCUCAAGUGCUCCCCGACCCGAGAGACACUGACCUAUGCCCAGGCCCAGCGGAUUGUCGAGGUGGACAUUGAUGGACGCCUGCACCGGAUCAGCAUCUAUGACCCGCUCAAGAUCAUCACUGAGGAUGAGCUGACUGCUCAGGACAUCACCGAAUGCAACAGUAACAAGGAAAACAGCGAACAGCCUCAGUUCCCUGGCAAGUCCAAGAAACCCUCGUCCAAGGGCAAAAAGAAGGAGUCCUGCUCCAAGCAUGCAUCCGGUACCUCCUUCCAUCUCCCACAGCCCAGCUUCCGCGUGGUGGAUGCAGGCAACCAGCCAGAAGCACCUCCGCUGCCCGCCGCCUAUUACCGCUACAUGGAGAAGCCUCCUGAAGACCUGGAUGCGGAAGUCGAGUAUGACAUGGAUGAGGAGGACCUGGCCUGGCUGGACAUGGUGAAUGAGAAACGGCGAGCAGAUGGAUACAGUUCCGUGUCGGCUGACACCUUCGAGCUGCUGGUCGACCGGCUGGAGAAGGAGUCGUACCUGGAGAGUCGCAGCAGCGGGGCCCAACAGUCACUCAUUGACGAGGACGCCUUCUGCUGUGUCUGCCUGGAUGACGAGUGCCACAACAGCAAUGUCAUUCUCUUCUGUGACAUCUGCAACCUGGCCGUGCACCAGGAGUGCUACGGUGUCCCCUACAUCCCCGAGGGCCAGUGGCUGUGCCGCUGCUGCCUUCAGUCUCCCUCCCGGCCUGUGGAUUGUGUUCUCUGCCCCAAUAAGGGUGGUGCCUUCAAACAGACCAGUGAUGGGCACUGGGCCCAUGUAGUGUGUGCCAUCUGGAUCCCCGAGGUUUGCUUUGCCAACACUGUGUUCCUGGAGCCUAUCGAGGGCAUUGACAACAUCCCACCCGCCCGCUGGAAGCUAACCUGCUAUAUCUGCAAGCAGAAGGGGCUGGGCGCAGCCAUCCAGUGCCACAAAGUGAACUGCUACACAGCCUUCCACGUUACGUGCGCACAGCGGGCUGGGCUCUUCAUGAAGAUCGAACCCAUGCGGGAGACCAGCCUCAACGGCACCAUCUUCACCGUGCGCAAAACCGCCUACUGUGAGGCCCACUCCCCACCCAGCUCCACCACUGCCAGGAGGAAGGGCGACUCCCCCAGAAGCCUCGGCGAGGCAGGGGACGAAGAUGGGCUAAAGGAGGGUGGUGGGGAGGAGGAAGAAGAGGGAGAAGUGGCAGAGGAGGAGCAGGAAGGCCAAGGUGGGGUAGGCAGCCCCCUCAAAGCAGCGCCCAAGAAGAACAAGGUGAAACAAAAGAUCAAGAAGGAGCCAGAGGAAGCAGGCCGAGACACACCUUCUACUGUUCCCACCCUCACUGUCCAGCAGAUACCAUCUUACAGGUUGAACAAGAUCUGUAGUGGUCUCUCCUUUCAGAGGAAAAACCAGUUCAUGCAGCGGCUUCACAACUACUGGCUGUUGAAGCGGCAGGCACGGAACGGCGUCCCUCUCAUCCGGCGCCUGCACUCCCACUUGCAGUCCCAAAGAAACGCUGAGCAGCGAGAGCAAGACGAGAAGACCAGUGCAGUGAAGGAGGAACUGAAGUACUGGCAGAAGCUCCGGCACGAUCUGGAGCGGGCACGGCUGCUGAUCGAGCUGAUUCGGAAGAGGGAGAAGCUCAAGCGGGAACAGGUCAAGAUCCAGCAGGCUGCCAUGGAGCUGGAGCUGAUGCCUUUCAAUGUAUUGCUGAGGACAACCCUGGACCUGCUGCAGGAGAAGGAUCCCGCACACAUCUUUGCGGAACCGGUCAACCUGAGUGAGGUUCCAGAUUACCUGGAAUUCAUAUCCAAGCCAAUGGAUUUUUCUACUAUGAGGAGGAAGCUGGAGUCCCAUCUGUACUGCACCUUGGAGGAGUUUGAGGAGGACUUUAACCUUAUAGUUACCAACUGCAUGAAGUAUAAUGCUAAAGACACAAUUUUCCACCGAGCAGCUGUCCGCUUGCGGGACCUGGGAGGGGCCAUCCUUCGGCAUGCCCGGCGGCAGGCAGAGAACAUCGGCUAUGACCCCGAGAGGGGCACCCACCUGCCGGAAUCACCCAAAUUGGAAGACUUUUACCGCUUCUCCUGGGAAGAUGUGGACAACAUACUCAUCCCAGAGAACCGGGCCCAUUUGUCCCCAGAGGUGCAGCUGAAGGAGCUGCUGGAGAAAUUGGAUGUGGUGAGCGCCAUGCGGUCCAGUGGAGCCCGCACCCGUCGCGUCCGUCUGCUGCGCCGGGAGAUCAAUGCCCUUCGGCAGAAGCUGGCACAGCCACCGCCACCCCCACAGCCUCCCUCACUGACUAAGACUGUGUCCAAUGGAGAGCUGCCCGCGGGGCCCCAGGGGGAUGCAGCUGUGCUGGGGCAGGUCCUGCAGGAGGAGCCAGAAGACGAUGGGGACAGAGAUGACUCCAAACUGCCUCCCCCACCAACCCUGGAGCCCACUGGGCCUGCACCUUCUUUGUCUGAGCAAGAAUCUUCCCCGGAUCCCCCCACCCUGAAACCCAUUAAUGAUAGCAAAACUCCAAGCGGCUUCCUAAAGCCCAGAAAAGUAGAAGAAGAUGAGCUCUUGGAGAAAUCACCUCUGCAGCUAGGGAGUGAGCCCUUGCAACACUUGCUCAGCGACAGUGGCAUGAACAGACUGUCUCUUACGGGCCCUGACAGCCCGGCCGAUGCCCCACUCAGUGGCGUGGGGCGCCGCACUUCAGUCCUAUUCAAGAAGGCCAAGAAUGGCGUUAAGUUCCAGAGGGGCCCAGACGGGGCCUUGGAGAACGGCGAGGACCACGGCAUGGCGGGCUCUCCCGACUCUCCCGCCAGCACUGAGGAUGAGCAGCAUUCCCGGAAGCGGCCGAGGAGCAGGAGCGGUAGUGAGAGCGAGGGGGAGCGGUCUCCCCAGCAGGAAGAAGAGACAGGUGUGACCAACGGCUUUGGAAAGCACACAGAAAGCGGGUCUGACUCGGAGUGUAGCUUGGGUCUCAGUGGCGGCCUGGCAUUUGACGCUUGCAGUGGUCUGACACCUCCCAAGCGCAGCCGCGGGAAGCCUGCCCUGUCCCGAGUGCCCUUCCUGGAAGGUGUGAACGGAGACUCUGACUACAGUGGUGCAGGCAGAAGCCUCCUGAUGCCCUUUGAAGACCGCGGAGACCUGGAGCCCCUGGAGCUGGUGUGGGCCAAGUGCCGAGGCUAUCCCUCCUACCCUGCCUUGAUCAUCGACCCCAAGAUGCCCCGGGAGGGCCUCCUGCACAAUGGCGUCCCCAUCCCUGUCCCCCCACUGGACGUGCUGAAGCUGGGAGAACAGAAGCAGGCAGAGGCUGGAGAGAAGCUCUUCCUUGUCCUCUUCUUUGACAACAAGCGCACCUGGCAGUGGCUUCCAAGGGACAAAGUCCUGCCCCUGGGUGUGGAAGACACUGUGGACAAGCUCAAGAUGCUAGAAGGCCGCAAGACCAGCAUCCGCAAGUCGGUACAGGUGGCCUAUGACCGCGCCAUGAUCCACCUCAGCCGAGUCCGGGGCCCCCACUCCUUUGUCCCCUCCAGCUACCUGUGAGGGUAGGGCCGGGCCUCCAUCCCGUGGGCGCGGAGAAGCCUCUCCUGCCCCAGCCAGACAUGUGGCGGUAGCUUCUCCGCUCACGGUAGGCCCGGGGCUGGACUGUGUCCCCACUAAGGGGAAGGCCCUGUUCUGACCAUUCACACGGUUCCCCGGAGGGCCUGCUGUGUGCCGAAACCUGCCCCUGGGCCCUCGGGGACACCCCACUCAAGAACCACUUGUUGUGGGCUCGGCCCACCUGAGGAGCGGCACCAGGCCGGACCGAGGUGAGGUGGCCUGGGCUGCCUGGCUCUUUCCAUCCCCUCAGCGAGGCCAAGGCUCUGACGCUGAUCCCAGAGAUGCCGUGGGUGCGCCAGGCCCUCGGGGCUCCCCCUGAGCUCCCCUCUCCCCGCCCCUCCCAGCUGUCUUCCACCCUGGGGGCCAGGCUCUCGCGCCCACAUUCCCUUCCUUUCUCUUGUGCCAAACUGACAGCAACAUCACCAAACUUGACCUUUCUUCAUGUCCCAUUCCCUUGGCCAGCUGCUCUGCCAGGUGGGUGUCGGGCCAC